AUGGAAGAAGAAGAGGAUGCGUUUGGAUCUUUGAUAACGUUGUUGGCAUCUUGCCGCCCUGACAUUUUGGGUUCCGGCAAGCGACAAGAGUACGUCGAAGAGGCAACGACGUGUGUCAAGGAGAGUGAUGAGUGUCGAGAGUAUCUGGCAGAGAGAUGUAAAGACCUCGACUGUUCCUCUCGCCAUGCAUACGGUCGUACGAUUCCCCUGUACUUGAUCAGUCUCUAUCAGUACAAGGACAUUGCCAAAGAGGAUGCCACAGAACAGCAGCAAGCCACUGUCCAGGGGUUGGUUCGGAAUCUUUGUCGAUUGGUCAAAGCCGCCAUGACAUGUCAUUCACAACAAAAGCAACCUCUCACCCAAUGGAAGUCAUUGCUCCAAACAUCAACAGCAAGACAACAACAACAAUCCACAGAAUCCAAGAGCAGCAGUAGUAGUAUUGUGACAGAGACAAUCUACCAACUGGCCAAGACAGACAAGACGCUCUGGAGUGCGGCCAUUGCCUUGGGAUUUGAUCUAGUACCUCAUGGCACUUCCUCUUAUGAUUGGUCGACUGUAUUCUUUGAACAAGCGUUCAACAGUUCCAGUCUACCCAAACAACUCGAAAUGGAACUCUUGGGGCCCUUCCUGGCGUCUGUAGUAUCCCAAAACAAUACUGCCUGGCCCACCGAAUGGAUGGACACACUGCUGCUCAAAACCAAAGCCAAUCCCGAAGGAGGACUCGGCGCCUUGUUGGGAUUAUUAUUGAUUGGUUCUUCUUCUGCCAAGCCCUUGCCGUGGCAAACACACGCCGAAUACGUCACACCCGUACUCACCAAACAAUUGCAAUCCCCCAAGGAUGCCAUGCGAGACAUGGCCGCACAAAUUGUAGGCCAAUCCCCGCGGCAUGUGCCGUCUUUGGUCCAAGUCGUUCUUCCGGCACUCUUACAAUCGCAAUCGUCGACCGCCACUACGGCCCCGCAACGCCACACGGCCUACACGGUAUGGACGCAACUCGCGCAAGGAUUGUUGCGGGACACGACCAACUUUCCCGUGGAAGGAUUGGAUGCGGUUCUGCUCCAAAAACUAUUGACCCAUCUCACAACCACCUUGUUGGGCAAAGAAGGCAAGACGGCUACCGAAAACAAAGAAGCCGGAAUGACGGCGGUCUGGUAUUGGUGGCGGGUGGCCAAACGACAAAAACUCGGUGACAACAAUAACAAUAAAGCAAUCGAACCGGUGCUGCAACUGAUACAAAAACCAAUCACGACCACCAAAAGUGCCGAAAUCGUGGGACACUUUUUACUCACCAUUACGGAUACGGAUGCGGUGGAAACCAUGGUCACGGAUUUGUUCCACGACGCCAAGAAUCACAAGGCACUCGAAAAAGGAUUGGAUGCCAUUGUUACUGGGGCAUCGAACAACAAGAAAACCACCACGGCCAGCAUUGACGGAUUGAUUGCCGUCUAUAUGGGAUUGGUCAUGGCAUUGUCAUCAUUGUCAUCCAAUAGCAAGGCACCACCCUUUUUGAUCAAGGCAUGGAAGGCAUCGCCCAAUUUUUGUACGGCCGCACAUAUGCUCGAUGCCGUGACAUCCAACAAUGUCACCACGGCGCGGCUCGUACGAUUGCUUCUUCCGCGGGUAUUGGCGCUCGCUGCCAAAUGGACAUCGGACGAAAGCAACAACAAGGAUGUCCCCUUCAAGAGUCCUCCCGUGGCACGAGCACUGGCGGCGUGUAUUGUCCAUCCCAAUCCAACGAUACCGGGAGAAACUGCCACCGGCAGUAAAAUGGUCGUAUCCGCCACCAUGGCGUCCACGGUACAAACGGUAUUGACGUAUCAGCCCAAGGUAGCGGUCGAAUUGGCAGAUGCCUUGUGGAUGCAUGUCAAUGACUGUGGCAAUGAAUUGGAACGGUUGCGCAACGAGUCAUUCUACUCCCGCGAUCAAGAGAAUCUCGCAUCGGAACAAUGGGCCGCCAUGGACGACAAUACCAUUCGACGAGUGGCACCAUUAUUAUUGGUCAAGGGGGCGAAACAAAAAAAGUUGGCACAGGUAUUGAUAUUGAUGCACGUGGGCAGUUCGCUCAAGGAUAACGGUCCGCAACGCCAUCAGCUUCGCAAGAAGACAUUGGACGUGUUGAAAUCACUACUGGGUGAAAAUGCCGAGUUGUUGUCGUCGUUGGCCACGCACAUUGCUCAAUGUGCCGCACUAGCACAGUUUUCGUGGGGCAAUGACAAUGAGGACGAACCAGUUCCAGUGAGUCAGACGAUGCAUCGUGCGGCACUGAGUCUCAUGAUUUCAUUGGGAUCCAUUGCGUCCGACUUUUUGGUCAAUGAAGACAUGAUGGGUAUGGAAGACGAUGAUGAAGAAGAAGGCGAAAAGAAGGAUCCUGCCGAUAUGAAAGCAUCGGAACUUGCCAGUAAACUCUGUACAAAGGAAAUCCCAGCACGGCUCGAGGAGCUUUUGGUGGUUGCACGCGAAAAGGUGGAAGAUUUGACGGCGGACAAUGUCGACUUGAUGUUGAGCACGAAAGGGACGCUGCACACGGGCAGCCCUGCAGCAUCAUCAUCCUCGGACGCUGCUGGCAAGGCCAUCAAAACGGCCAAGAAAAAAGGCGGCAUGUCCAAGGAGGACGAGGAAUGGGAGGAACAGUUGAAAAAGGAAAUUGCUGCCAAGAAACAGAAAGAAUCGUCGGGACAAUCGUCUGCCGCGCGGCCCUUGACAGCGGAUGAGAAAAAGUUGGUGGUACAGCAAGACAAAGAAAGAGAACGUCUUGCGGACAUUGUCUAUGGAGACUUCAACCGGGCGCUGGCGGCAAUCCGCUGCCUUGCCAUGUCGGAUAUUGAAGUGGGUAAUGCCUGUUUGCCAAUGGUGUCAGAGGCGGUGCUCGCUUGUGCCGUCAGCAACUGUGCCGCAUUUGGAAUCAUUCGCGAGCUAGGGGACAAUGCAUUUCAAUCCCUGGAGACUUUGGCGGCUUCUGUAUAUGAAAUCCACGAGGAAAAUGCCUACCUGUUGGCGAGAGCUCUCACAAUAAGCUGUCGUCCGAAAUCAAGCACGAAAAAGCCAACAGAUGAAAAGGAGGGCAGCCCAACACUAGUGCGAAAGGAUUCGAAGCAAGAAGACGAUGGUCCACUGAUUGCCACGGCUCUUCCGAGCCAUUGUGAACCCGCCGAACGAGCGUUCAGUGAGCUGGAGGAUUUCCAUGGCGCCUUGUCAGGAAAUUCAUUCGUCUUCCUUUUUCCAAUCAUUCGCGCAGCGCUGAUGGGCCCACGAGCAUCGCAAGGAUGCGAGUCUGCCUUGCGUGUCUUGGAAUGGCACACGUCUUUGCUUGCCGGUGAUGAAGAGGACCCCGUAGUCCUGCCUUUGAGAAAGCACAUGAUUGUCAGUGUCUUGGAGCUUAUGAAGCAUGACAGAGCUCAAACGUUUGUCGGUCCAACUCCCAACGAAGCACUUGUAGCAUGCUUCAACACAGAAGCAGAUGGUGCUGGUGGGCCUGCCUUGAGCACAGCCGAACUUGCCCCUUUGCUGGACGAUCGCGGAGCCUUGGGAGGCAAGGCGUGUCGUGCUGGUGCAAUGAUCGCUUUGCGGCAUAUUGCCACAGAACAUAAAGGCCUGAUUAAGAAGAAUCCUCUCAUCGAGAAUCGCAUAUGGCUGAACUGUUUCGACGAGAACGAGUCAAUCCGUUUGGAAGCGCGAAAGGCAUGGAAAGCCGUUCAGGGAGAGUUUGACGAAGAUGCAAGCGACGAGGAAAUCAUGACCAUAACAAAAGGCCCCUCUUUGAUGUACGCGGCGCCGUUGUUGCCUUUGCUCAACAGUCCUGAUGAAGCCGUCGCACGGGCAGCCGCAAACGCUUACGCAAAGGGAAUGGCGAUGCAUCCCAAGUCCGUCAGCAAGAAUAUACAGAAACUCUGUAACAGCUACAUCGAAGCAUAUCCGACAUCAUCAUCUAUUGGAACGAAAGAAACAUCAUCGAAGUUUCCAGCAGCGCUGCCAGCCAAGGCACCUCCCGCACCACCAAAGAAAGCAGCUACCCUUGGCCUGCCCAAGAAAAAGACAAAAAAGUCGGCGCUCUCCGUGGCCGGUAUCGGGAAACCCGUCAAGAAAAAGAAAACGACUGCAAUGACUUCAGCCAUGUUGAAACCGAAGCAGGAAAGAACUCUCGACCAAACGGAUCUUGCGAGUCAAUUUCAAACGGGGCCGGUCCAAACGAAAGAGGAAUCAAAGGAUUCUCCAGACAAGAUUUCGGCUCGUCUUGGCAUUUUGCAGGCAGUGACGGCCCUGACGAAAGCACAAGACCUUCAGAUGGAUGUUCCUACGUUGAAAAUGCUGACAAGUUUCUUGAUGGCUUACGGCAUAGCCGAAAGUGAUGAGAUUGUGAAGAGCUCUGCUCGGAAUGCUCUGCGCGACGUGGUCGCUUCGAAUGGUGACUCCGAUGAAGCCAUUUCCUUUCUCCUGCCUCACCUGGAGGAUGUGCUCAAGAACGGUCUCAUCUCUGACGUAUCUGCGCUCAGUUCGCUCUCGACUGAGAAGGUGCCGAAGGACGUCGAUGCGUGUGAUCGACGGAAGGAAGGUGCUGUAGUUGCGUUGGGAUCAGUUGCGCUUCAUCUCAAGGGCCCCGAGAACGCCAGCAAAAUUGAUAAUACUAUUGAUAUGCUAAUUGCAACCUUGAAGACACCAAGCGAAGAGGUCCAGUCCAGCGUGGCAGAGUGUUUAGCGAAACUCAUGAAAAAGGGGAACACUCAAGCAAGAAUCGAGACGAUUCUGACCGACUUGCUGAAAGAAUGUUUGGAAGGAGAGAAUCUUGCCUCGAGACGAGGAGCGGCGUAUGGUUUAUCCGCUGCAGUCAAGGGCAGCGGAAUCGCAACCCUGAAAAAAUAUGAAAUUGUGAAGCAGCUUGAGGAGGCCUCGUCGUCAGGAACAGCAAACAGCAAAGAAGGGUCCCUCUUUGCCAUUGAACUUCUCAGCGUUCGCUUGGGUCUGCUCUUCGAGCCUUACGUUAUCGUGUUGCUGCCAUCACUGUUGAAAGCUUUCAGCGACAGCAGCGAUUACGUGAGGAAAGCUGCAUCCGACACUUGUGGGCUCAUUAUGAGCAAGCUCUCUGCUCAUGGAGUGAAAUUGGUGAUGCCGGCUGUUUUGACCGCCUUCAAUGACCCGGCAUGGCGAACAAAGCAAGCUUCAAUUCGAAUGCUGGGUGCAAUGAGUCACCUUGCUCCCAAGCAACUUGCAUCGGCGUUACCAAAGGUUGUACCGAAGCUCACCGAAGCUUUCAGUGAUACACAUCCCAAAGUGAAGGCCACGGCACAGGAAGCAUUGGACGAGAUAAGUACCGUUGUCAAGAAUCCCGAGAUUUCGUCCAUUAGCCAGUUGUUGCUGAAGGCGUUGACCGACCCAGCAGAUCACACCACGAAGGCCCUCGAAGGUCUGAUCGAAACGGAAUUCCUUCAUGCAAUCGAUGCUCCCAGUCUUGCUUUGAUCGUCCCGAUCGUACAUCGCGGUUUACGAGACCGUGGAGCCACAACAAAACGAUAUGGCGCCCUGAUUGCAGGAAACAUUUGUACCAUGAUCAACGACUCCAGGGACUUUGUUCCCUAUCUUCCGGUCUUGCUGCCAGAUCUGAAGUCGACCCUUCUGGAUCCGAUCCCAGACGUUCGAACUACAUCUGCAAAGGCAUUGGGGUCGCUCACGCGUGGUCUCGGCGACAGUAUCCUCAACGAUCUUCGGCCUUGGUUGAUCGAAAAGCUUGGAGAUGAGAAGUGCUCCUCAGCAGAGCGCAGUGGAGCCGCGAACGGUUUAACGCAGGUCCUGGUUGCAGCAGGAACCACGGUUAUUGAGGAUGCAAUGCUGCAAGAGAUACUCCCGCUUCGAGAUCAUCCACAGGCCAGUACUCGAGAGGGUGUUUUGUGGAUGCUGACGUUCCUUCCACCAACACUCGGACAAGGCUUCACCCCGCUAAUGGAUGCAUCACUUCCUGCAUUGAUUGGUGGCCUGUCUGAUGAAAGCGAGUCCGUGCGAGAAGUUGCAAUGCGUGCGGGUCGAGUCCUUAUUCGCAGUCACGGUAAAGUGCAUGUCGACAAGAUCUUGCCGAGCCUCGAGGCAGGCUUGGUCGAUGACGACUAUCGGAUUCGGUUGGCAUCACUUACACUGCUGGGAGACUUGCUCAGUACCAUCGGAGGUACGACGCUUCUCAUUGGUGAUGGAGACACCAGAGACGACAUUCGCAGGGCCGAGCGAGCUCAAGCCCAGAUCGCUCUCGUCCUUGGCAACGAAAAGAGGAAGCGUGUACUCAGCGGCUUGUAUCUCGCGAGAAGCGACAAUACAUCAGUUGUUCGACACCAUGCCAUUCAAGUUUGGAAGACAGUCGUGCCCGUCACAGGGAGAACGCUCAAAGAUAUAUUGCCUGUCUUGGUUGCUCAAGUGGUUGUGGGUCUUGCCAGCGGCGAUGUUGACAGAACUUUGGUAGCCGGAAAAUGUCUGGGAGAAAUUGUGACAAAGCUCGGAGACAGUGUACUUCCAGAGAUUAUCCCUGUUCUGCGAAAGUCUCUGUACGAGGGAGACACUAACACAAAGCGAGGUGUAUGCGUAGGUCUCACCGAGGUUAUCAAGUGUUCCACCAAAGACCAGAUUUUGCGCUACAUCGAAAUCAUUGUCAAGCUGGUGCAAGAUGCGCUGUGUGACGAUGAUGAACAAGUAUGCAGAAUGGCCGCCUCAAGUUUCCAGAGCCUCUAUGCGGUGGUGGGCAACCGAGCCCUCGACGAAGUGGUGCCGUCAUUGAUGGUUGCGCUUGAGACGAGCUACGAUGAGCAAUCAAGAACACGUGCUCUCAAUGGUCUCACUGGAAUCAUGCGUGUUCGCAGCCGAGAUCUCCUCCCGUAUGUUGUGCCCCGACUCCUACAGAGGCCAGUGACGAAAAGCCACGCCGAGGCACUCACCGGUAUUGCGAAGGUUACCGGAGAGACAAUCCAUCUUCAUUUCCACUCGAUUAUCCCUGUGUAUUUAGGAGAGCUGUCUGACUUCCACGCGUCAGAUGGAGGCGACGAGGACAAGGAACGCGAGGAGGCAAUGCGAGAGUGCGUCCGAGCCCUCUGCGGCAGUGUCGGUGAGGAGGGCGUGAGUUCGCUUAUUAGCGACAUUGCAUCCCGAUGCAGUCACGACAAACCAGAGAUGCGUGUGGAGAGUUGCUGGAUGUUUGAAAUGGCAAUGACAGAACGAGCGGCUGCUCAAGAUAUUUUUGAGUAUUUGCCGACUAUCAUGCGCGAGCUGGUCUAUCGACUCAACGACGACAACAAGGACGUCUUGAAAGCAGGCCACAAAGCAUGGACGGCAAUGUCGAAGCAUGUGCCGGCUGAGGAGUCUGUCAAGCAUAUCGAGUUUAUGCGAAAUUUGAUCAACAGUAUGGUAAGCGAAGCCCGACGUCGAAAGGGCGGAGUCGGAGACGGGGAGUUCUUUUUGCCUGGGUUCAACAUCCCCAAAGGCUUGGAGCCUAUGCUACCAAUCUAUCAACGCGGAAUUCUGUACGGCAGUGCGACAAUUCGCGAAGUCUCCGCUGCAGGAUUGGGUGAGGUGAUAUCUCUCACUUCCAACAAAUUCCUGGCUGGUCCUGUGAUUAUUAAAAUGACUGGUCCGCUGCUUCGUGUUGUGGGAGACCGUAACCCUUCCAACGUGAAGAUUGCCAUUUUGCGCACCUUGGGUUUGAUCUUGGUCAAGGGGGGCCCUGCCUUACGAGCGUUUGUGCCUCAGUUCCAAACGACCUUCGUGAAAGCACUGUCGGACCCCUCUCGCCAAGUUCGUGUAGAAGCGAUCCAAGCUUUGAGCUUGUUGAUGCCAUUGUCGACUCGAGUCGACCCAUUGAUCAAAGAGCUCGUUGCUGGUUCUCUCGGCAAAAAUGCACCGGCGGCGGAUUCUGGCGGUGCCAUCGCAGCGGUACAAACCGCAACCCUGGAAGCGCUCGCUGCAGUACUGAAAGAGGGCGGAAAGAAAGCCAAGCUUCCAGACACUAUUCGAUCUGCCUUUGACGCAUCCAAGGAGUUGCUUUUAGAGAACGAGGAUGAGAGCGUCCGCGAAGGAGCGGCUAAGGUAUUGGGGGCUAGCGUAGAGUUGAUGGACCCCUCCGUUGCUACUGAAGUGCUGCGCAAUGAGAUCCUAGUGGACGACGGUGAUGAUUCGGGCAGAGUCAAGCACGGCAAAGCCUGCGGUAUACGACAGGUUUUUGCUUCCUCUGUGGGCAAAGGCAUUGAUCAGACGCUGAACGACGCAGCCAUCCAAAAGGUUCUUUCUUACAUGAACGAUGACAAGGGAGCAGUCAAGGAAGCUGGCUGCGUUGCGUUUGGUGCAGUCGUUGGACGAUCUGAGAAUGCCAGUGCUGGUCUAUCGAAGCUACAACCGGUGCUGCUAGAGAUCAUGGGGAACAGUCGGGCACCACUUGAAAUUCACCGGGCCGUGGCUGCAGGCUUCUGCCUUUUGUUGCAGCUUGUCGACACUGGCGGGGAACAAGACAACGUUCAAUUCCUGGGGUUGACUCUUAUGACCGCAAUCCUGGAUCUUGCGAUGAGCGGCUCACAGCGUGUCCAAUAUGCCUUCAAUGACGUGCUGUGGCUUGCCUUGGAUGUGGCCAAUGGCCAGGCUGGACUUGAUCGCUACGCCGGUCUAGCUCAGUUCGAAAACGUCAAAUCAAUGCGGAGCUUGCACACAAAAGUGUUGACGCGUAUCAAAGAGGUAACCGUCUUGGACGACUACUAG